GCCCUUCUGAAUCUGGUCGGUUAUUAGUGCCACAAUAAGCCUUAUAGCAGUCAAUGUUAAUACUGGAAAUAAGUUCGUGUAGAAAUUAUUUGUGCAAAAAAGUGCGCUUUAUUGCAUCAGGGUUUACCAUUUACUCAUAUAGUGGCAUGUCAGUGCUGGGGAAAUCCUUACGGAUCUAUAGCCUGUUCGCCUUCUGAGUCCUCCUAUCUCCUGCUGUUCGCACGUCGAUUCGGCUCUCCACGGCAUUUAAACGUCACUCACGGUUGCGCGAAAGGCUUUCCUCUCCAUGUGUCGCCAGUCCCCUGCCUCGCGCACAUUAAUAUUCCUGUAAGUCUCAGUCAUGAAUAACAAUUACACUGUAUACCGGGGGUAGGGGCGGGAGCUUGGUGUUCACACUCAGAGCGGCGGCAGCUCCGGGCGGAGGAAGGUUCUGUAUGGAGUUAGACCAGGCCUGCCUGCAGAUACAAAAAGCGCUGCUUUGACCUGGAAUGAGUUUGUCUUUCUUGGCCCAAUACGUCUUUUUCCAUCGUGUUAUUUUACCGUGAGAUCACUUGUGAUACCAGCAGAGGGUUUACAGAUGUUAGUUCAUUCCUACUCCACUGCGGACCGGCAUGACGGCGUCUCGAGCCAUAGCUCGCGCCUGUCCCAGCUGGGCUCGGUGUCACACGCAGGACCCUACUCCAGCGCACCGCCGCUGUCUCAUGCACCGUCCUCGGACUUUCAGCCGCCAUACUUUCCUCCACCGUACCAACCGCUCGCUCACUACCAGAGUCAGGAUCCGUACUCCCACGUAAGCGAUCCAUACUCCUUGAACUCCCUUCACCAGAGCCAACAGGGCGCAUGGGGCGCGCGUCAGCGACAGGAUACCACUGGGGACCGAAUGGACAGCUCUGCUCUGCUGGCGCAGCCUCGGGCCUCACUGCCUCAGCUAUCCGGGCUGGAUCCGCGACGGGACUACGGUGGCGUGAGGCGGCCUGAUGUGCUGCUGCACUCCGCUCAUCCGGGACUGGAGCCUGGUAUGGGAGACGGACUUCUGCACGGGUUGCACGGGAUGGAGGAUGUUCAGACUAUUGAAGACACCAACGGGACGAGUAUACUGGAUCAAUCAGUAAUAAAGAAAGUCCCUAUGCCCCCCAAGCACGUGGGCGCCCUGAUGCUCGGUAAAGACGGCUUGAUCGGCGGAGUAACCGUGAACAUAAAUGAAGUGUUUUGCUCGGUACCGGGCCGCCUGUCGCUGCUCAGCUCCACCUCCAAGUAUAAAGUGACCGUAGGGGAGGUGCAGAGGAGACUGUCCCCACCUGAGUGCCUCAACGCCUCCUUGUUGGGGGGCGUGUUGAGAAGAGCAAAGUCUAAAAACGGUGGGAAAUGCCUGCGAGAAAAGCUGGAGAAGAUUGGAUUAAAUCUGCCUGCCGGGAGACGCAAAGCUGCCAACGUCACAUUACUAACAUCUCUUGUAGAAGGUGAAGCAGUUCACCUGGCCCGAGAUUUCGGUUACAUCUGCGAGACUGAGUUUCCCACCAAAGCUGUGAGCGAGUACCUCAACCGGCAGCACGCGGACCCCAACGAGCUGCACACGCGGAAAAACAUGCUGCUGGCCACAAAACAGCUGUGUAAGGAGUUCACCGACCUGCUGGCCCAGGACAGGACUCCCCUGGGCAACUCAAGGCCCAGCCCCAUCCUGGAGCCUGGCAUCCAGAGCUGCCUCUCCCACUUCUCCUUCAUCACGCAUGGCUUUGGCUCACCCGCCAUCUGCGCAGCCCUCACCGCCCUGCAGAACUACCUCACCGAGGCUCUCAAAGGACUCGACAAGAUGUUUCUUAACAACCCACCCAACAACCGGCACGGGGAUGCUGGCAGCAAGGCCGGCGACAAAGAUGAGAAGCAGCGGAAAUGAAGCUGGCACAGAAGGGGAAUGAUGAAGGAGAGCCAAGAGGGAGACCGACACGCAGACAAGAGGCGUUAACACUGUUUCUUCUAGCUUUACACCACUGCAACUGCCCUUCUGCAAACAAGGCUGAGGUGGAGGAGAAGGACAGGGAAGACUUGGUAGAGAGAAAAUGGCAGAAGAAGACACCCAUGGGCCAGUGUCAGAGAGCACAGAGGGAUUUUUCAUCUGUGUUACGUUCUUUUCAUUCCCCUGAGGACAUGGUGGUUACUGUGCUACAUCCAUUUCGCUCCCCCCGCCUGCAUCCUGUGAGACUGAGAUGCUGUGAGCAGCCAGCAAACAACAUUGUGUUUGUGUGCCUGAAUGAAUGUGUGUGUGCUUGUGUUUGUCUCCACAUAGAGAAAGCAUUGCUGGUUUGGAAAUUGGAUGAUAAGCAUUCUAUUUAUGAAACAGGCUUGUCUGAUUAUUCAACACAAGUUAGAGGAGGGAAGGUGUUAAUUUAUGUGUGUAAAUAUUUAUUUAAAUUAAUUUAAAUGGAUGGUUGUGUAAAUAGGUACGCCAACUAUUUUGGAGUAGGCCUAUUUAUCUGUGAUUUGACCUUUGUGAGCCAGUGGUGGGACAGGACUCAUCCAGUGUUUUUCUGUUCUUAUAGAGCUGUUGUCAUGGUGCUGAUGAUGGGUAGACAUGCUUCUAAUUGUCCAGUGAUUUCAUUUCUAUCAUAUUGAUAAUAAACCAUGUGUUUUAUUAUG